AGCAUGGCGGUGUAUUCAAAGAUUUCGUCAUAAUGCUGUUUUGGUGAUGAAAUUCGAACCUGAAUGUCUGAGCAUAUGCCAAAGGCACUGAAGAUUGUGGUUAUCAAAGAGUAGAUAUGGCAAACAUGGAUAGUUUGUCUGGUGUGGGUUAUAUCACAGCUGGUGUCAAUAAUUUUGUAUUGCCAGAGAAUGAUACAAAUAAGACAGAUAUUUUUCCUGAAGGAGUAAGCAUCCUUCAACUACCUGAUCAAAAUCUGAAAGCAUCACGUAAGAAAAAACGUCCACCUCGUGAAGACUUUCAGACAUUUGAACGUAUCUAUACAUUAAGUGAAGAAUACCUUGGUAGUGGCUCAUACUCUCAUGUGUUUACAUGUAAGCGUAAAACGACAGGCGAGAAAUAUGCUGCCAAAAUUGUAGAUAAGAAUAACGCAAUUCCUCGGGAAAAAAUCCUUAACGAAGUUGAACUACAUCACCUUUGUCGAAAAGAAAACAAUAUUUUAAGUCUGGUACAAUUCUUUGAAGAAAACUCAAGGUAUAUUUUUGUUUAUCCGCUUAUGAAAGGUGGAUCUUUGCUCAGACAUAUUGAAAGAAAGACAAUAUUCACUGAGUCAGAAGCAAGGGAAGUUGUAAAAGAUGUGAGUACAGCAUUAUGCUUCCUUCACAAACAUGGUGUUGCACAUCGAGAUUUAAAACCAGACAAUAUUUUGUGCGACAAUGAAGAAACCAUCACUCCAGUUAAGAUCUGUGAUUUUGAUCUCGCUUCUGGUAUUGGAUCAUGGACCAAGCCUGUAUCCACCCCUGUCCUUCAAACACCAGUGGGCUCAGCGGAGUAUAUGGCUCCUGAGGUAGUCAAAGCGUUUGUUAACGAAGAUGAAGCCACAUACUACGAUAAACGUUGCGAUCUGUGGAGUUUAGGAGUGAUAUUGUACAUAAUGUUAUCUGGUCAUCCGCCGUUUUAUGGCAAUUGCGAUGAAGACUGUGGCUGGGAUAGAAACGAAACGUGCAAUGAAUGUCAUAACAUGCUGUGGAACAGUAUCCAAGAUGGUCGUUAUAGUCUAUCUGGCACUGAAUGGAGCCGUGUUUCCUCCAAGGCCAAAGACCUAAUUACUCAUUUACUAGUCCGUGAUGCAUCGCGACGCUACUCUGCAGAUACUGUACUUCAUUGCGCGUGGAUUACUCAGGAAGACACGAAAGAUGAACCCAGUGGAACCCCGGUCCAGUCACCACGUGUCAAUUUUGAUGUUUCAUCUUUCCUGGAUGAAGCAAACAAAGCCAGUCGCACGUUAGCUGAGCAUGCUAAUCUUGCCAGUAAAAGCGAUAAAACUAGUUUGAUUGGUUUGUCUCCUCCUGGAAAUUCCUCGUUGGCAAAACGCCGAGCUUGCAAGUCAAAAAUUAAAUCCUGAAUGUUGCCCUUUUA